UUUCAGAAAUGUUCUUGGAAAUCUUCACAGUCUGGCUUGGAAUCUUCUCGAUCGGCUUCACAUUCCUGCCCAUGUUUAUGGUGCUCGACUGGCACAAGAGAGGCACUGCCGAUGGAUUCAGUUCAGUCAACUUUGUUCUUCCGAUGCUUGUACAAUCGUUCUGGCUCCGUCACGGUUAUAUGACAAACGAUCAGACCAACAUCAUCAUCAACUCUAUCAAUUUGGUCUUCUUUGCUUUUUAUGUUUCCGCGUUCGCAUACUAUCAGCCAAAAAGGAAAUACCUCAUUGGUCAAAUUGUUGCUGCCGCUCUUGCCGUCAAAGUUGCCUUUGCCUACGUCGACACCCACGACUCUGCUUCAAUCAACGACGCUAUGGGAUCCAUGGCUGCUGGAGCACAGAUCUUCAGUUUAGUUGGAGGAAUCUACGAAAUUAAGCGCGCAAUCUCCAUGGGCACCACUGAGUACAUUCCAGCUGGUUUCCAGUUCGCCAUUUUCACAUUGAUCCUUCAGUGGCUUCUGUUCGGAAUUCUCCAUGGAAAUCAGUUUAUCGCUAUUUCCAACGCUGCUGGUCUCCUCGUCAACAUUGCCACGUUGGCAUUGUACUUCUUCUAUCCACCACUCACCUGGACAGUUCCAAUUUUCAACAUUCCACCACAAAACAAGGAUGCUAAGAAAGUUGAAUAAAUUAAAAUAGUUGUUUUUUCGGAGGUGGUGCAGAUUCUUGCCUCUACCAGUUUUUGCUUAUUUCGCAUCGAGUCUUUUUAAUUGUCGAUUUUUGAACGUGUAGAAUAAACUUUGAAUCAAACUUCU